GCCUUGCGCGCGACUCCACCCGCUAGAUUGAAGUCAUAUACUCAAACAGAGUAGUACGCGGUGCUUACUCUUUCUGUUAGAACACCAAAGAUGAGCUUAUGAAUAACGGGCUACAUCAACGUAUUAUCUCAAUGAAUUUCAAUUCUAAGAAUAUUUUAAAGAAGUUUCCACGAUACAACUGAUCUUUCAUCUUGAAAACGAUUAUGAGGAUUUCCUACCGUCUUGUAAUAAAACAGGGCUUCGUCCAACGUUUAUGCUGAUAAAAGAACAUGUUAGACAACAGUAUGCAUACUUUUCCAGUCAAAAUGACCCACAAGUGCAGCGAAAAGGAGCAACUCUCAAAACGAAAUACGACUGCAGUAGAAACAAGCAAUAGUGUAACUUCCACAGUUUCUCGUACCCAAUCUCUGUACUUUUCUACUAGGUAUCAGUGGAAUGAAGACAGCUGUAGAGCGAUAAACCAGAGUGACGGCCGGACAAGUCAUCAGUACCAACCCCUCUCCUUUUUACCUGGAAACUCUAUUAAGCCAACACCAAAAGAAUCUUCAACUGACCCCUCAUUUUUGAAGGCUUGCCUUUCUGGGGAUGAGGCAGAGCUGAGACAAAUUAUUUUAAAAGGACUCUCAACAGCAACAAUUAAUCAACAAGAUGACUGUGGUAGGACAGGCCUAUGGCAUAUAUGUUCAAAGGACUUUCUGGAAAUGUUCCAACUGGUGGCUCAACUUCCAGGGCUGGACGUUAAUCUUCCAGACAAUGAAGGCUGUACUCCAGUAAUGAUUAGUGCACAAGCAGGUCAUGCCGAGAUCCUAGGGUUAAUGAUCAACAUCUUCCAGAACAGUCUGAUCAUAGAUCAACGCAACACGUUUGGAAUGACGGCACUUAUGAAAGCAGCUCUGCAAGGACGAAAUCGCUGUGUCAAGCUACUUCUUGACUCAGGUGCAAAUCCUUACUUGCGAGAUCCGGCUAGAAAAUUAUCCCCGUAUGAAUGGGCUAAGUUCUGUGGCCGUCAAACCUGCGCAGAGAGUAUCGAGAAGUUCAUGAAGUCACACUCUAAAAAAAAGUUUUCCUCACUGCAUCGAAAAGAGGCAACGUUAGGAAAAAAGUGGCCAAGUGAUUCCCAGCUUUGCCCCGACAAUAACGCAUUGCCUCCAUCAAACACUGAGCUUGUAAAAGUUGGUGGUGGUUGGUUGAAACAAAAGCUGCGAAAUCCCUUUAGAUACAGCAACAACAGAGCACGUAGAAGUGCAGAUUUUAGUGUUUUUAACAACAUAACUGCAUCUGCUAUGUUAUGUGCGUCAUCAGCCAUUCUCCAGAAUUCUGAAGCUGAAGUUUCCGAUAAAAAAAACAAAACCAGGCGAGCUAGCGGUAAGCGAAAAUUUGUUGUUCCGAAGGUCGAGGUCGCCCAGGAGAGCCUUUGUCCACAAACCAACGACUGUUUUCCGACUGGUACAACGCCCCCUUUUAAGGAAACACCGCUUCAAGUAACCAAACCCCUUGUUCCAGUUUCUAGAAAGAGAAAAGAAAGCAAACAGAAAAAUUAGUGGUCCUUAAAAGAUUAAGUAGUUGAGCAUCGCCAACAAUAACACGUUUUCCUGCUUAACGUAAUAUUUCAAAAAUGUUUCCUUUUUUUUUUGUAAAAUAUAACUUUCAAUAUGCCUUUGUUAGAAACGCAUAUUCUGUUAUAAUUGGGCAUUUGAUCUUCUCAUAAUUUAUCUACAGACUCAACAUUUCACCCUUUGCUUGCUAUCAUAGGAAAGAUGCUAUAAAUGAAAUAAUUAGUGUUUUUAAAUAAAACUAUUUCCUGUAUUUCUUCAAAUUUCCAAACAUACCUUUUAUAAUAUUUUUUUUCAUCUUAGUUAGCAUCGUUUGUUUAUAUUGAAGUUUUCAAUAUGUUACUUUAAAGAAACAGUCGUUUUAAAUCUACAGCCAUUCAUUCUAUCAUAUAUCACUUCUCUAAUAAUUUGUUUUUGUAGCAUUAUAAUGAUAUCACUGAUAUAAUUCGGGUCAGUUUCUUCCUCCUGUCGGUUUCCUUGUUGCUAAGUGCAAAGCUGCACGAUAGGCUGUCUUUGCUGUGCAUACCGCAAGGAUCGAACCCUGAAAUUUAGGGCUAUAAGCUUUUUGUCUUACCACUGAGGCAAUCAGGGUACACUUCCGUUACCUCUCAUCACUUGUAAAUACUUAUCGUUUUAACUUUAUUAUUAUCAAAUUCCUUCAAAAUGAAUUUCGUUAAUGAAAUUUCAGAAUCAAUCCUACGGUGUGAUAUUAAAGUUUUUGUAAUAUAUUACAGUUGUUUCAAUAAAAAUUACAUUAAAGAUGCA